AUUUAAUUCAAGAAUUUUAUGUUCAGUGGUUUACGUGUUUGAAACAAUCAACGGAUCUAAAGAGAGUUCUGCGCAUAAAGGUCACAAUCAAUGAGUUCAGUGAGCCAUCGGCGUGUCACCCCGUCAUUCGGCACGAAUACUACCUUUUGCGAGGCGCAAUAUAUCAAACCAAAGUAGCUAGUCAUUCGAUUAGGCCUCAUCGCAUAUUUGGCUAAUAUCAUUUGACGUUUACAAUUAUCGACGUGUACUGCAUACUUCUGUGGCUUCUUCCAGUUCGUCGACUUUAUUUGAUGUAAAAGUUAAAUAACUAUCCAGUCAUGUCAGUCCAUCCACCAGUUACCGAACAGAACAUUGUCAGAAUGCCACGACUUUCAAACGCCGACACUCGUCAUGGUAGUUUCCAGCCGUAUCCCAGAGGUUCAAAACUCUCACGUCAGUUACAACAGCCUCACGUCACACUGGUUGAAUAUAAAACAGCUCGUUUUCUAAUCACAGAUGAACCUAAUGCACACAAUAUGGAAAAUUUUAUCAUGGUUUUCAAACUACACAAUGUACGCAAAUUGGUUCGAGUAUGCAAAGCUACCUAUGAUAAAGAACCGCUUGAAUCUGUUGGAAUUGAAGUUGUGGAUCUUGAAUACGAUGAUGGUGCACCGCCUCCAGACGUAGUAAUUGAAAAAUGGUUUCAACUGAUUACAGAUAUAUGUCAACAAGGACCUGGAAGUUGUAUAGCUGUACACUGCAAAGCUGGACUUGGCAGAGCUCCUGCUCUUGUUGCAGCCGCUUUAAUUGAACUUGGUUUACCGUACAAUGAAGCUGUAGAAAUGAUUCGUGGACAAAGAAAUGGAGCAUUAAAUGCUCGUCAAGUUCAAUAUUUAAAAAAUUUCCAUCCAAAAAAACGUCUUCGUCAUAUCAAAUCACAAUCGGAUCGAUGUCAAUUAUUAUAGAAUAAAAUCUCAUUGUUAGAUAACAGAUAUUUAACCUUUAUUAUUAUUAUUAUUAUUAUUAUUAUUAUUAUUAUUAUUAUUAUUAUUAUUAUUAUUAUUAUUACCAUUAUUAUUUAUUAUCAUCAUUGAUAUUGUUGUACAUGUAUCUACCCGAUGUUGACAUUAUUUCAUCUAUCCCCCUUCCACUUCGGCCAUGACUUUACAUUUGAAUGUAUCCUGUAAACUGUAUCAUUUUAUCUUUUUGCUUCUUUGUUUAUCAUUUUUGUUUCGUUCUGUACACUUUCAUAUUAUUUCUCAAAAGGAUAAUUUUUAAAAUGAAUAAAAGAAUAAAGAUAAUUGUCAACG